AUGUAAAAAAACUAUCCCUACAAUGUAAUCUUCCCUGAUGAUGAUUAUACAGAUAUCCGUAAUUUACAAUCUAAAAUGUCCCGUAAUAUGAUUAUAACUUACGAUAUGUCCUAUUUCUCAAACUUACCUAAAAAUCCUAAAAAUAAAUUGAUAAUUGAAACUUGUGAGAAAGCUUUAAAAACAGCAUUUAAAUAUUUUUCUGAUCUUAUAAAAAUAGUUCCAAAAUCUGAAAAACAAAUGAGAUUUAAUUCCAAUAUUAAAAAAUGUGGAGAAGUUACAAUUCCUUAAAUAGACAGAGACAAGGGAAAAGAUUCUGAAUUUACAUAUAUAUAAUUAGUUAUCCAUGAAACGACUCAUCUUUUGGGUUUUUCACAACACUCUAUACCUUUAUGGAUAUAAUCUGAUAAAAGUCUUUAUAAAGAACCUACUAUAAAAAAAAAAUUAAGGGGAAUUGAUACUUUAUUUCUCAAAACUCCUUAUGUUUUAUAUUUUGCUCGAAAAUAUUUUGGUUGUCCUUCCUUAGAUGGUAUGCCUCUUGAAAAUAUAGGUGAAAAUUUUGUAAAUUCUCAUUGGAAAAACACAAUAAUCAAUAGUGAAUAUAUGAAUGCAUAUUAAUAACCUUUAUAGUCAUAUUUUAGUGGUUUUACAGUCAAUCUUUUAAGAGACACAGGCUUCUAUGAGUAAAUAAAAGAAUCUAUGGUAGAAGAAAUAUUCUAUGCUAAAGGAGUAGGCUGUCAACACUUCACUGAUAGUUAUUGUAAUUCUUAUAAAGAUGAAUAUUGUAUUCCUUAAACUGAAUAAGGUUAAUGUGAUUUCCACCAUAUUGGAUCUUCAAAUUGUAUUAUUGGUUAAUUUAAUGAAUCACGUUGUCAUACAUAUUAAGUUUCUUUAUAAAAGGAAUGCUGGAAUAUUAAAAAUAUGUAACAAUCAAAAUAACUAAUAGAAGUGUACGGAAUUUAAUAUGGAGUUGAUUCGAAAUGUUUUGACUCUUCUUUAGUAAAAAUACUUAUAAUGUGA